UGGAAACAGGCGGCUGCUGCUGCUGCUGCUGAGAGCCGCCUGCCUGGGUGCAGCCUCUGACAGUGGAAACUUCUUCAGUUCCCUCCUGACCAGCCCCAGUACAAGGAAGCACGCUCAGCCCCAGACAAACUUCUCAACUUCCUUCCUGUGCUACAUUCUGCAUUCUGUAUUCUGUUGCAUUGUGUGCAGCCCUGUGCAGAGAGGGAGGCACAGCCAUGGACUGGCAGCCUGAGGGAAGAGAGGGACUCUGAAAGCAGGGACUGGCUCUUCUGGUAGGGGAUUGGGUGCCUGGAAGGAGCCCUUGCGCUGUCCUGGCUGAGGACACCUAUCACCCAGCUGAUUUGUUUAUGGAGGUUUGGGCCGGAGCCCAGCUCAAUUCGUCUCUGCACAGCUUUCCAAGCAAUGUUGUCAAGUCAUCGGGAUACCUUCACGUGAGCCCCUGGUGCACAGCGCAGGCUGUGUCUGUAGCUCCCGUCCGCACAGUACUAUGGCUGUAUAUUGCUAUGCCUUGAACAGCUUGGUUAUAAUGAAUAACAGCGGUGUGACGAAGACCAGCCAGAGACCAGUACUGCCCAUGCCGGAGAGACGAAGCACAUACUGUCCACUGUUGGUCCGGCCGACACUGCCGCUACACAGCCCCGGGCCAUCUAGUCCUGGGAUCAGUCCCAGGAGCAACACCUCCUUCAUUUUCCCUGAGUCAGGAACGAGACCCACCUCUAGAAGUCGUAGUCCAAGUUGGAAUGGCGGAGAUGGGAAUAUGUCGAGAAUGCCAAGGGUUGGCAGGUGUCCAUCCCCGCUACGACUUCAUGGCGGGAAUGUGGGAGAGGCCGUGUCCGUCAUCGAUUCGCGUUCGGGGAACUUGCUUGGGUUUGGGCAGGGCCAUGGCUCUGGAUCUGGAACGGGGGUUGUUGAUUCGGAAGAGAAGCGGCGAAUCUCUCAGAUACAGCGGGAGCUUCAGAACGUCCAGGUCAAUCAGGUUGUGGGACUUUUUGAAGCUCACAUUCAAGCACAAAGCAGCCCGGUCUCCCCUGGGCUCAGAAGCCCCCGUCUGGGCAGCAGGUCCCCCUCACCACUGCUUCGCAACAGGCGGGAGGAGACUGUGUUUUGCUUCAGCCAUGAUACGGGGCACAAAUCAUCAUUGUCCAGCCAGGAAGGGACUUCGAUUCCCUCAUCUCCAUCAGUACCUGCUAGAAUCCAGACAGUGGUCAAUGCUGCUGAGAAGGACGUUUGUAGAACUAGCAAUGGAACAAAUAUGGAGCAAACAUUCAACAUUUCUACUCAGCUGGAAGCCACCUGCAAACUCAGCUCGCCUGGGAUAGUUUCUCCGGGACCUAUUCCGUCCGUCAUAGUGACUGACCAUGGGGGGGAGCGAGAAGAUCAAGUGGACGACAGUAGCCCUAGCCUCGGCCCAACUACAUUCCCUAGGAAAUUAUCAUCUUCUUCUGCUUCCUCUACUGGUUUCUCGUCCUCGUGGGACGAGUCGGAGGACGAUGUGUCCAGUGAUCCCGAAAAAUCCACAGAAAACACCACCCCGUUUCUUCAGACCAUUGAGCAGAAGCCAAGGGUGAGCAAAUCAUGGAGAAAGAUCAAGAACAUGGUACACUGGUCGCCCUUUGUUAUGUCGUUCAAGAAGAAAUACCCCUGGGUACAGCUGGCAGGACAUGCAGGUAGUUUUAAGUCUGCAGCCAAUGGUAAGAUCCUGAAGAAGCACUGUGAUUGUGAGCAGAAGUGCCUGAGCCAGCUGAUGAGCGAUGUGCUGAGGCCGUACGUUCCUGCCUACCACGGGGACGUCCUGAAAGAUGGGGAGAGGUACAACCAGAUGGAUGAUCUGCUCUCUGAGUUUGAGAGCCCCUGCGUCAUGGAUUGCAAGAUGGGUGUCAGGACCUACUUGGAAGAAGAGCUUACAAAAGCCAGGAAAAAGCCCAGUCUCAGGAAGGACAUGUACGUCAAGAUGAUCGAGGUGGACCCAGAAGCCCCAACAGAAGAGGAGAACCGCCAGCGAGCAGUCACCAAACCGCGUUACAUGACAUGGCGGGAGACCAUCAGCUCCACAGCCACGCUCGGCUUCAGAAUCGAGGGCAUAAAGAAAGAAGAUGGAACAGUGAAUAAAGACUUUAAAAAGACCAAAUCCCGGGAACAGGUGAUGGAGGCCUUCAGAGAUUUUACAAAAGGAAAUACUAAUAUCCUGAAGUUGUACCUGAAUUGUCUAGAGGAGAUUCGCAGAACGCUAGAGAUGUCCUCUUUCUUUAAGACGCACGAGGUAAUUGGCAGCUCCCUGCUGUUUAUCCACGACAAGAGGGAACAAGCCAAAGUGUGGAUGAUUGACUUUGGAAAAACCACCCCGCUGCCUGAAGGCGAAGUCCUGAACCACAAUGCGGCUUGGGUGGAAGGGAACCGAGAGGAUGGAUACUUGUAUGGACUUGAUAACUUGAUACACAUCCUCAGCGAGAUGGCAGAUGAGGACGACACCCGUUAACGGUUUCACCCUGCCCCGCCCGCCGACCCUCUAUAAAUGCACUACAGAUCCUUUCAGAGGUCGCCUACCCCUGCGCUCUGGCCAGUCUGCGUUACCGCCGUAGUACGGCUACAGAAAACCUAUUUUUAUAUUGAUGCCGUGAGCUUACAUUCUGUAAAUAGUGACUUGCCAGAACAAAGAGACUUUAAAAAAAAAAAAAAGACAAUAUAUAGAAUUGCAGGUGGCUAAUUGUAUAUAUAGGAAGCAGCUUAUCGCUUUACCCUCCCGUUGUCUUUGCUCCAACAAUAUAUAAUUUUAUCUAUUCAUUUCUUUGUUCUAAGCGCAUCUGUCGGCUAUGCAUAGGCAGGCAGUACAAUGUACAUGUGAAUGAGGCCCAUUAAAUCACUAGGAGCCAGUGAUACGGCUCUACGCAGCCAGUAGGAGGCGCUGGUUCUUAAUGUAUGGAUAGAGGCUUCCUCAUGAAUACCUGCUGCAUACCCUGUGGGCGGAGUCACUGCAGGCUGGAUGUCCCUUUGGGUGUAUUGUGCAAGUGUAAUGAGGGGAAAUGCUAUAGAUGGUGUAUACAGGAGCCUGUGGCUCUCCAGGUACACGUCCCAGAACACCUUGCCUUCCUCGGCUUCAUGUAUCCUCCAGGCUGUAGAAAGAAAAUAGAUUCCUGUGACAGAUAAUCGUGGGAUAACUCUCACUUUGCCUUUACAAUGCCAUAAUUAGACUGUAAGCUCUGUACAGUACGUCAGUGGGAAUUGCUGCAUUCAGUCUUACAAUCUACAGAUUUGCAGCCAGGGAUACUGUACAUUUAGUAUGAUGCAAUGUGUGAGAAACGCGUCACCUCUCAGGUUUGCUUUGCCAAAAGUGGGUGCCACCCAGCCUGCCCAAAUGUCACCCAGUCUGUGCCUGCUGGCACUUCGCCAGUCAUAAUAGCUCAACAAGACACCUGGAUGGGCGGUAGAGUUUUUGCCAUUGACACUUUGGUAAAUCUUCCCGGCUAAUAUUAAAGGAAGUGAAAUGAGAGAACACAAUGUAAGUGUACAGUGCUGAGUCCACAUCAGUGGUUUACAUGAACCUGCCUGAUAUUUAGACAAGAAUGUUAAAUCCAGCAACUAUAUAUAUAUAUAUAUAUAUAUAUAUAUAUAUACAGUAUAUACUGUAGUUGCUCUAUAGUGAUCACAGUUCCAUGCACCACAAUGAUGGUGUGAAAGAAUGUUGUUGCAUGCCCCUGUGGCAUAAGUUAAUCAGUUGUGCAGUGGAAUAAAUAUACUGGAUGGCAGUGUAGUAUUAUCAGCAUAUUACAUAACAUGGUACAUUACCCUAAGUAAUGGGCAUUGCUCUAAAAGGAAAAUUGUAAUUGUAUACAGCAAAUUAAUACAGAUAUCUGGAAACUGUAAAUUGUGAUAUUAAUAUGACGCUUAAGUGGCAGCUGCUCCAUUAGAAUCCAACAGACAGGCGUAAUGAUACGCUCCCUCCCGUUACUGGCGUAAUCUAGGUUUCUUCCUACAUUUGUAAACCAGUAGUGAUGUGUCUGACUGCCACCUAGUGGCAAAGCAAGUAUCUGUAUUCAUCGGUGGCAAAUGUUGGCUACUUUCAGGAUCCAUGGCUCCUGUCCUUAGGGAUUCCUGGUCUUGCAGGAUUGCAGGAUAUCCUCACCCAUGCAGUGGAACUGUGCACCCAUACACAGUUCCAUCUCUAACCAUUACUGGAUUUCCAGGUUACCAUUCCAAGCCCUCCGCACCAAGGCAGCUGGAGAGAGCGGUCGCUGUUUAUACUUCUUUCCAAAAUCCAAUGCAGAGGAAUUAAUCAGAUCGCAUUGCGUGAUAUCCUCUGGUAGCUCCGUAAUAAAUCCUUCUUUCUAAGAACUUAUAGGGAGACAUUUACUAAGCAGUGAUAAGAGCGGAGAAGUGAGCCAGUGGAGAAGUGGCCCCAUCAACCAAUCAGCAGCUCUGUAUCAUUUUAUAGUAUGCAAAUUAUAGAUGUUACUUCAGUGCUGAUUGGUUGCCAUGGGCAACUUCUCCACUGGCUCACUUCUCAGCUCUUAUCACUGCUUAGUAAAUGUCCCCCGAACCUUAUGGCCUGUUACUCACUGUUGUAGAUGCUGAGAAAAUGCUGCGAUUAGCGUUAGCUGCACCAAGCCUAAACUCCAGGUGUACCUGGCUCUCCACUCGCAACAGACGAUUUCUGUUACUCUCCUACCUCAACAUUUAUAUCUUAUUUUACACUUUAUUAAGUGUACUAUCGGACCACAGCUAAGGGGGCAAAUGUAAUGGAGUGCGGUUCAAUCAACGUCAGUUUGGGCCUCCAAACCCAGGAGUUAGCGCCCAGGAGACUAGAAGGUCAGGCUGCAAAUUGCAAUUGACUAGCGGCAGGCGUGAAAAGACAAAAAUCGCAGAAUUUUUUUUAUAAAAAUAAAAAAAUAAUAUAUAUAUAUAUAUAUAUAUAUAUAUAUAUAUGUAUUCAUUAAAUGAUUGUGCCUCAAAAAUGUUUUACUUGUUUUUCCCCCAGAAAUUUAGUUUCACUUUUUUAUUUUCUCUUUUCGGUUCCGUUUGCUGGUCAUUUCUACAUUCGCAGCUUAGUACAUCCGAUGUUGUAUUUAGAAUGUUGAAAAAAUAGUGUCUGGAAAGGACGGUUACUGCUAACAAUUUCCCGAUAAUUUCUCCUUGCAGCUCGUCCAGAAAAAUAGUUGAAAAGCGUAGAUUUGGGCAAUUCGCUCUCCGUAACAUUUACCCCAGUGUGUUGAAAUACCCAAUUUUCAUAGCAACAGUGCCACCUGCAGGCUAAGAGAAAGAACAGCACCAUUCCAUUAGUCCACACGGAACCACUGCAUGCAGACACUUGCAUGCAUUGGGCCCCAUUAAGAGGUGUUUGCUCUCAUUCAGAUUCCGAAGAGUCUGCGGCACAUGCCGCAAAGCACCGAUGUCCAGUGAUUGACAGUCUGGUGCAGUUUGGUGGUGGGGAGGGCGCAGCGAUGGCCUCCGUUUCUUAAAGCGGAGGCCUGUUGACGGCGUUGCAGGGUAGGAAGAGGCCAGGCUCUCCUUCAGAGGAUGGAGAUUUCCUGGCCUCUGUGUAGCAAAUGCGACCCCAUGAGUCAUGCAGCCGGCAGAUGGCGUUGCAGAUAAUCCGAUACUGUGUCCUAGGGCACAGCUUGGAUCAGAAAUGCAGCAGGAGGUAUGACGCUGUCACUUCCAUGUAAGCAUCUCCGAUAGGACCUCCACCCACAUCUAUAUUAGUGUCCAUGGGGGUCAUUCUGACCCGAUCGCACGCUGCAGUUUUUCGCAGCGUAGCAAUCGGGUCAGAACUGCAUGACAUCACACGCAGCCGCUGCGGGCCGUGGAGCGAUGAGUAACUCCCGGCCAGCACGCUAAAGCUGCGCUGGUCGGGAGCUACUAUUGAAGUGCAAAGGCAUCGCCGCUGUGUGAUGCCUUUGCACUUCUGUGGGGGAAGGGGGGGCGGCACUGACAUGCGGAGCGGACUAGCUCUGUGCUGGGCGUCCCCCCGCAUGUCUGAGUUCAUGGUCGUAGCUGUGCUAAAUUUAGCACAGCUACGAUCAACUCAGAAUGACCCCCCAUGUUAGUAAAUUAACCGUAAUUUAUCCUUCAGAAGCAGAAGUGGAAUCAUUUUAGGAAGCAGAAGAAAACUUGGCAACUUUCCACGAUACUUCCUUUAACAAGUGGGAAAAAAAAAUGUUUUUUUUUUUAUACCACUUUCCUGUUUAAUAUACAGUUACAAAUUCCACAGACGUAUCACGUAUUAGUGAAGUCGGAAUUAACCGGCCUUGGCGACCAAUGUACAACGCAGGAUAUUAUUAUAGGUUACUACCGUAGAGAGUCUCAACAAUAGAAUCUUCCCGUUAAGGUCUUGGCUUUGACUUAUUAUCCACAAAACAUUGAUAAAUAAGGUUCUAGGAUGUAUCCUGAAUAACCGUCUACAGCAGGAUUAAUGGAUGGACAUUUCCAGAUGUGUGUUUUUCUGUCUCUUUCGCAUCAUGUUACGUGAUUUAGAUUAUUCCACGUUUACAAUGUUACAUGUAGCCUAGCCUUUAUAUUUAUAUACAGUAUAUAUACUUAUAUAUUAAAAAAGUGCCUUAUCGACUUUUUCUUCUUCUUUUUUUUUUAAAUGUUUUUAAUUUAUAUUUAUUUCAGGUUAUUUUUUUAAUUGCACAGGACACUAAAUACUAAUGGCAUGGCAAAAUAUGUUGUGUUUUAUAUUUUUACUUAAUUAGUAGUGUACUUGCGGCAUGCGUUGUGUAUUUUUGCUUUGCUUAUUUGGUUAUUGUUACACCCCUGCUGCCUGUACAGAAGGGCGGUGAUAUUCUUAUUCCAUGUAGGUGGGUGGGGGAGGGGAUUCAUUUGAAAGUGUGUUUAUUUGCUGUGAAUAUUCCUUGGUACAUACUUCAGUGUGAACAAUGUAUAAACCCCACACGGGCCUCAAGCCGGUGCCUCUACCCCCAAUUUCUUAAAUAAAGGCAUUUGUUAUCA